AGGAAUUAAGAAUAUUAUAAAAUUAAAUUAUAAUUAAUCUGAGCUUUAUUGUGGGCCAGUUUCCUACGUCAACUUUUAAAUAUACGUGGAACUAAAAUGAGUUCACAACUAUCAAAUUAUACUUUACUGGGAGCUGAUAAAACCAAAGAGAUGUUAAAGCUUUUUAAGGGUAUAAGAACCGGAUGGGUACAAGUUGGAGAGAAGAAGUGGUUUUUUCCCUAUAGAUACACAGAAGAAGCGGAGGAAUUUUAUAAUUUUAAGCCUAGGCCUUCGGACACUUGGAUAAUUUCUUAUCCACGUUCAGGUACGACCGUGAUGCAAGAACUAAUUUGGCUUUUGAGUAAUAAUCUUGAUUUCGAAACGGCUAGAAAGAAGAAACUUGCCGAAAGAUUUCCAUUUCUCGAACGCAGCAUGAUUAAUGAUCCAGCAGUAAUUGCCGAAUUUGUUAAAAGGAACGAAGGAAACCUGGAGAAGCGAGCGGUUUGUGAAUCUCUUCCGAGACCAGCUUAUGAAGUUCUAGAGGGUCUAUCAUCCCCUAGAUUUAUUAAAACACAUUUUUCUCUUAGUCUCGGACCAAGGAUUUUGGAUUCUGGAUCUAAGAUCAUUUACAUAGCGAGGAAUCCAAAAGACGUAGUGGUUUCUUGGUAUAAAAUGAAUAAAUUCACAGUGACUCAUGGAUAUAUAGGUGACUUUCCAACUUUCUGGAAUUUGUUCAAAAAUGAUCUUACUCACUGGAGUCCAUAUUGGGAACAUGUAAAAGAAGCCUGGGCUCAAAGAAAUCAGCCAAAUUUCUUAUUUAUUUUUUACGAGGAAUUGAGUGCUGAUUUGCUUUUUGUAUGUAAAAAGGUGGCCAAUUUCUUAGGGAAGAACUACAGUGAAAAUCAAUUAACCGAGUUGCUGAAUCACUUAAAUAUAGAGAAAUUUCGAAAAAAUCCAAUGGUCAAUUUAAAUGAUCUUUAUGAAUGUGGAAUAUUUUUGAGCAGUAUGGUUUUCAUUGGAAAGGGAAAAACUGGGAAUUGGAAAGAAUUCUUCAGUGCAGAUAUGGAAAAAGAAGCUGAUGAAUGGAUUGCACAAAAUUUGAAAGACACUGACCUAGUCUUCCCCACAACCAACACGAAAGGCAAUUGCCAAUAAUGCCAUUAAACAUCAUGUCUAAUUUGUCUGCAUGUCUUCUUCUAAAAAUUACUGUGAGGAAUUAAAA